UACGCAGAUACGGCGCUGCCGCAGAAGGCAAAGUUUCAAAGAUGGCGGUGCCCUGUAGCGUACUCAUGCGGCUUAGAGCUCUCUGUAAUGUUACAAAAUGUUUUCAAACAAGAGGUACAACGCCGUCCAACUUGGGCAGAGAGCUGCGGUGGUACAGCACAACAGCCCGAGGGUUUAAGGACGACGGGUCAUCCUCUGCAGAGAGUAAAGAUGACGUGAGUCCGAGCCUCUUGAAGGAGUUUCCAGAUCCUAAAAGUCUCCUGAACAACACCAUCAGCCGGUCACUGGGAGUCAACGACCUGGCCCAGUACAUCCAGUAUAGCUGCACGGAGAGUGAAGGGGUCAAGAAAGCCACCGUUACACUGCUGUGGCCCUGCAGGAUUGAAGAGGAAGGUUUUGCAUCCAAGAAAGUCGAUGCUGAACGAUUUGCUGCAGCGGCUGUUUGUUUCAAACUCAGAGAAAUGGGUGUCAUUGGUCCAAAUAACCAGCUCCCUGCGAGGAGAUCGGGCAGGGGAGGACGUUUACAAUCCCAACUACAUAAUGACGAGGACAAUUCAUGGAAAAAUGAUGUAUUUAUGCCUACAACUAAAGCGUUUGCACAACAUCAAUGGCCUCCCAAAGAAGAGCCUUCCAACAUCUCUGAAGCUCUUUCCAUCUUUCCACAACCUAAAACUCUCCUCGCCAGGGUCAUCCAGUUGGCCACGUCAUCCAACAGAAUCAAGGAGAAUAUGCAGUUCAUAACAACAUCAGGGAAGCUUAAGAAGUGUGUCCUGACGCUGCACUGGCCAGAGGAGAUGAAGUUCUCCGCCGCAGCGAACAGCCGAGUGAAAGCAGAGAAGAUGGCUGCAGCGCUCGCCUGCAUGAAACUGAAGGAGCUGGAGCUACUGGACAAAAACAACAACCCUCUGACUCACGCCAAGUACAAUCGAGAGAAGGUGAAGGAGGCUGGAGAGCGGGAGAGACGCCCCCACCCCAUCGAAGUCCCCCAAUACCUGGAGGAGCACUUGAGAGGGUACUUUGCAGAGUACCCAGUGGAAUCAGAUGUGCAGAAGAUUUGGGAGGAGGAAGAGGCUGGAGGAGAGCAGGCGCUGAGCCAUGAGGAGGAGGAGGAAGGGGAGGAGUACUUGACGGACGCUAUCACAGGCAAGCCGUACAGACCUCUGUCUGAAGAUAAGGUCAGGCUGCUCAACGCCCGCCUGCAGAGAGACUGGGAGAAGGUGAACUCUGGGCUGAGUGUGGAGCUCCCGGUCGAUGCCCACCGUGAGAAGGUGAUCUCAGCGGUGCAGUCGUCCAGGGUCGUUGUGAUUGAUGGAGAAACAGGAUGUGGGAAAACAACACGGAUCCCCCGCUUCCUGCUGGAGGAAUGUGUUAGGGCUGGCGAGGGGGCCAACUGCAACAUCAUCGUGACCCAGCCUCGCAGAAUCAGCGCUGUGUCCGUGGCCCAUCGUGUCGCUCAGGAGAUGGGUCCAGCUCUACAAAGCUCUGUGGGAUACCAGGUGAGACUUGAGAGCCGGCCUCCAGAGCAGAGCGGAGGAGCUUUACUCUUCCUCACAGUGGGCGUCCUGCUGAGGAAGCUGCAGUCCAACUCGUCUCUGAAGGGAAUCAGCCACGUGGUGGUGGACGAGGUCCACGAGAGGGACAUCAACACAGACCUGCUGCUGGCUCUGCUGCGCUCCACCUUAGAGGUGAACCCUGACCUGCGGGUGGUGCUUAUGAGCGCUACUGGGGACAAGCAGAGGCUGUCCGAGUACUUUGGGGGCUGCCCGAUAGUUAAAGUCCCCGGUUUCAUGCACCCAGUGAAGGACAGAUACCUGGAGGAUGUGAUAACAGAGAUGGGAUUCGUACCGCCAGUCGAAAGGAGAGGGGACAAAGACAAGCAGGGAGGAAAAGACGAUGUCGCACCAAAUGUAGAUUUAAUAGCGGAUGUCAUCGAGCACAUUGACAAACAUGGAGACCCAGGUGCAGUGUUGUGUUUCCUCCCCGGAUGGCAGGACAUCAAGGCCGUUCAAGAGAAACUGGAGCAGAAGCGCCACUUCUCCUCCGGCUCACAGAUGAUCUUUCCAUUGCACUCUAGUUUAUCAGUAUCAGAACAGCAGGCGGUGUUCCGGCGCCCCCCAGAGGGUCAGAGGAAGAUCGUCCUCACCACUAACAUCGCUGAGACCUCCAUCACCAUCGAUGACAUCGUCCAUGUGGUGGAUACAGGAACUCACAAAGAACAGAACUACGACCCAAAGACUAAGGUCUCCUGUCUGGACACAGUUUGGAUUUCUCAUUCUAACGUGACUCAGAGGAAGGGGAGAGCAGGGCGAUGUCAACCAGGACAGGCUUACCAUCUGUUCCCACGACAACAGCUGGAAACCAUGAUGCCCUUCCCCGUCCCGGAGAUCCUGCGCACCCCACUGGAGAAUUUAGUUCUUCAAGCUAAAAUCCACAGUCCUGACUGCAAGGCUGUAGACUUCUUAUCCCAAGUAUUGGACAGUCCAGAGCAGUCAGCUGUGAGAGAUGCUGUCCGUAAUCUACAAGACAUUGGAGUUCUGGACAAGAAUGAAACCCUGACUCCUUUAGGGGAGCGUGUGUCCUGCAUGUCAUGUGACCCUCGUCUGGGCAAAGUGCUGGUCCUGAGUGCCAUGUUCAGAUGUGUCCUCCCAAUGCUGUCUGUGGCCGCCUGCCUGACCAGAGACCCUUUUUACAACAGCAUGCAGAACAGAGGUCUUAUUUUCAAGGUGAAAGAGAAUCUGAGCAACUCCAGCUUCAGCGACUAUCUGGUGUUAAUCAGAGCUGUGUUGGGCUGGAGGAGGGUUCAGCAUGAGGGGGACAGAGAGGACCGGGAUGACUAUCUGGACAGACACGUUUUGUCCAAGUUCAGUCUUCGAUUCAUCAAUGGUCUCAUCAUGCAGUUCGGUGAGAACCUGCAUGAAGCCCAGCUGGUGACUCGUGCACAGGACUGCCAGCGCAACACUUCGCUCUACAACCAGCACAGCCACCAGGACGAGCUGCUUAAAGCUGUGCUGCUGGCUGGACUCUAUCCCAACCUCAUUCAGGUGAAGAAAGGUGUUGUGGACAAAGGAGGCCGCUUUCGCCCCAACAAUAUUGCCUACCGCACUCAAAGUGGGCCGGUCCAUCUUCACCGCUCCUCAGUGAACAGAGGGAAAGACAAGCUCCCUAGUCGCUGGUUGACCUUCUUCAGCGCUAUGCAGUCAAACGGGACUGUUUUCAUCAGAGACUCUUCUACGGUCCACCCUCUCGCCUUGCUGCUGCUCACAGACUGCGAUAUCACAGAAACAGUGAACGGAGACAGAGUGGAGGUCUCAUUUCCUGGACGCUCUCUGGUGCGCUGUGAGUUGCCGGUUGACACCUGGGAGCUGCUGUGGCAGCUACGCACCUCCAUUCAGAGCAUGAUGUACCGCAACCUCAGCAACCCCAGUAACGCAAUCAUCAACUCUUCUCAAGACGGAAAGCUCAUCUCCUUACUGGUACAGCUGCUCAACAACACAGAGUCAAACCCUUUAGCUCAGACCGACCACAGCGACAGUGAGGUUGAUUAAUGACAUCCAGGACUUUCAUUGGAGUGUGGAUAAUAUGCUGGUUGGUACAGAGGAAGCAAAGAGGAUGGCGGUCUCAUGGUAAUGUUUUUUUAUUAAAAGAAAGUCAAUAUUUGUAUAUAUGAGCAGAGCCCCACAGUUAUCUGAAGUGUGCUGCUGGUAUUGUUGAGGUAAAUGAUGAACUUCCAUGUGAUGUGAAGGAAUCCAUUGGUUUGGAUUUUGGACUGUGUUCGGUCAUUUAUGUAUACUAGUUUUUUCUGGAAAACAGAAGUUGAAUUUGACCUAGACCAAAGGUCACUCAAACGGACUGCAUGCAAUAAUAAAUGUCAUAUUUAUUGCAAAAAAAUGCUCACAUGCCAACAUGAGGUAAAUUAUCAGACUGUUUUUAUUGUUUCAGCUUCAUUAUUUAACUGAUCAUAGAUAACAAAAUAAACAAUAAUAAUUCCUGGCUUUUUUCUGAGUGCUUUCAUUCAAGAAAAGUCUUUCAUAAACUGUGUGUGAAAGCUGCUCAGGCGGCUCAGUAUUUCUUCCAUGGUGUCCUCGGGGUUCAGAAUACAGAAUCUGCACAAAGAAAGAGUUAAAGGUAAAAAGUCCACUAAUCCUGAAUAAACAUGUCUGAAAUAUACUUUCAAUGAUGGUCAUGUCUGUAAUGCAGAACAAGCACCUUCAUAGGACCUGAUCAUGGGUUUAUAAUACCAUGCCAAAGUGACAUUGUAUGAACAAAUUAUCAAAUUCCAACACAACGUAUUCAAGCCAUUCACAUUAUGAAGAACAGAUCUAUCAUAACAGAUUAUAAAUUAUACGUUUCUGAAAUGUCUUAGAAACAUAAUUUACAUGCUAUAACAGGACUUUGUGAGCUUAAAGUAAAGUGACUGUUAAGAGUUAUAAGCAGUUGUAUGAUACUAAAACAUAAUUACGAGGACUUUUGAGCAGUGUAUGCUUGCUACAAGUAAAGUGUAAUUAAAACCGCACAACAUCAGACCAACAGUGUCCAAUGGUAGGCCUACGAGAGUGGGGAAAUAGAAGCCCAUCUCCCUGGACUGCUGUGAAUGUGCAACAAAGAGUGAAGCAGGACAUUGCUGUAGAAAGGUGAGCUGAGCUACUGGGUUAAUGUUAGGAUGGGCUGCAAAUAAGUACCUAGCUUUGCAACAAUAUUUUUGUAUAACAAAUAGUUGCCUCAUGUCCUUCAACAGAUGACCAGCAUGAACUCUGUGAUCCCUUUGGCAUUGAAGUAUAAAGCGUUAUAAAUGUUGAAAUGAAAUGCUUAGUAAAGGCAGUUAAAUAUGUUA